GCCUUCAAACUUCACACCACCGCGGUACUUCCCGAAGCGCACACGCCUCCGCCACGAUCUCGAAUACCAUCUCGAUCGAAACUCGAUCGGAACGCGAACUCGAAACUAAACAAACGUGUGUAAUCAUUGAAAACCGUUCAACUUCAAACGCGCGUAACGUAGCCCUAUGCGGAAUUUAAGGACAGAUAGUGACGUGAUAUGGUUCCCGAAAGUGAUAUUUGACACCAGUUUAUACGAUUGUUUGUGACAAAACAUUAUCAAUUAGACAUUUCGAAAUAUCCGAAAUGCUUGGGACUUUGUGCUGAUAUUACCUACUUCGUUUUAGAUUUUAAAUAAUUUUCGAGCACACUUCGAUUUCGACGAGCCGAUCGCCGUUGGAAGCGAACACAGACCCAUUGAAUUCGAGCAGUUAGUCCGCGCCGCCGCAGACAUCCCCCGCAACCCGCCCGCAUAGGAUGGUAGAAACUGACCCCGGGCCCAAGAAACCUCACAAUUGUGAUGUAAAAAGGGACCACCAGCUAAACGGGCCAGGCUCCAAAAAUACUGACCUAGGUGUCAUUCCUUCGCUGAAGACACCAGUCAAGGCAGACCCGGAGAAAGGCAUCCCGGAAAAAGCUGAUUUCGAGAGGGCUAUAGAACUAACUGGAUAUGGACGGUUCCACUACCUGCUGCUGGCAGUAUGCGGCCUCGUCAGCACCUCCGAGGAGAUGGACGUCAUCUCUAUGUCGUUCAUCCUGCCCUCGGCACAGUGCGACUUAGACCUCACCACACAGACUAAAGGAUGGCUGAACAGCAUAAUCUUCAUCGGCAUGAUGGUGGGCGCUUACGCGUGGGGCUCCGUGGCCGACUCGCUGGGGCGCAAGCGCGUGCUCAUCGCCAUCUCGGUGGUCAACGCACUCGCCAUCGUCGCCUCUUCCUUCAGCCAGAACUACGAACUCUUCAUGCUGUUCCGCUUCAUGAAUGGUGCUGCGCUCGGUGGAUCAGGCCCGGUCAUCUGGUCAUACUUCGCCGAGUUCCAGCCCAAAAAGAAGCGAGGUGCCAUGUUGAGUUUUAUGGCCGCUUUCUGGACUUUGGGAAACCUGUUCGUCGCUGGUUUGGCUUGGGUCAUCAUUCCUAGUGAAAUCGGAGGAUCUACCGGCGGUUUCGUGUACAACUCAUGGCGUAUAUUCUUGCUCGUCAUGUCACUGCCGUCCUUCGUGGUUGCCGCUCUUCUUUUCUUGCUGCCGGAGUCGCCCAAGUUCUUGAUCUCCAACGGGCGCCACGACGAAGCCCUCGAGGUCUUCCGAAGCAUCUACCUCAUGAACACCGGCCGCAGCAAGGACGAGUACCCAGUAAAACAGAUCCUCAUCGACGAACCCAUGCACACCAAGCCGGAGAAGCAACAGCCCCUCGAACCCAAACCGCCCAAGUCCAAAAUGAGGAAAAUGUUCAGCGACAUCGUGGAGCACAGCAAACAGCUGUUUGUACCGCCUAUACUCAAGUUCACUAUGAUCUCUAUCACGAUCAACUUUACAUUCCAUAUCGGAUACUACGGCCUGAUGAUGUGGUUCCCCGAGAUGUUCAACCGCUUCGACGAGUGGUCCCGCACCCACGACAACGCGGAGGCCGACAUUUGCCAAGUCACGGCCUACGUCACGCAGCACGGCACCCACUCGGCCACGGCCACCUGUGACGCGCACAUACACUCCGACGUGUUCAUGGACUCGCUGAUCACGGUCGCUGCCGCUAUACCCUCGAAUAUCUUCGCUGUGCUCGGAAUGGACAGGCUUGGAAGGAAAUUCUUCUUGGUGUUCGCCACAUUCUCUGCGGGUCUGUGCUCGGCCGCCAUGUACUUCGUGUACAACAAGACCAACAACCUGAUCGUGAGCGCCAUCUUCAGCUCCGUGAUAUCCUGCGGUAACGCGUCUCUCGACUGCCUCAUCACAGAAGUCUUCCCUACCAACUUAAGAGCGACGGGUGUAGCCAUAUCCAUGGUGGCGGCCCGUCUCGGCGGCAUCAUCGGCAACGUGGUAAUAGCGGCGCUUCUGGACACGUACUGUCCCGCGCCCACCUUCAUCGUGGCCUUCCUACUGGCCAGCGGCGGUCUUAUGUGCCUCUUCCUGCCCAACACCACACGGACGGCCUUGCAGUAA